AUACCCAUACAUCUGUAUUUUUUUACAUUCAUAAAUUAAUAUGUAUAUAUAAAUAUUUUUAAAUACUAAAAUAGCUUAAUACCUACAUGUCGAACUCACAAUCAGUAUUUAACUUAUGUCAUGUAAAUUACAAAUCCACAAACAAAAUGUUGACUUCAAAGAGUGAACUGAAAAAAUUGUCGGAAGAAAGCUUAACGAGACAACCAGAAGAAGUGUUUGAUAUAAUUUGUAAACUUGGAGAAGGAUCAUAUGGAAGUGUAUAUAAAGCAUUGCAUAAAGAAUCUGGACAAGUGCUUGCAAUUAAGCAAGUGCCAGUCGACACUGAUCUUCAAGAAAUAAUUAAAGAGAUAUCUAUUAUGCAACAAUGUGAUAGCCCCUAUGUAGUUAAAUACUAUGGUUCAUAUUUUAAAAAUACUGACUUAUGGAUUGUUAUGGAAUAUUGUGGUGCUGGAUCAGUAUCUGAUAUCAUGAGAUUACGGAAAAAGACAUUAUCUGAAGACGAAAUUGCAACUAUAUUAUCAGAUACACUUAAAGGGUUGGAAUACUUACACUUAAGGAGAAAAAUACACAGAGAUAUAAAAGCUGGAAACAUAUUAUUGAAUUCUGAAGGACAUGCUAAACUAGCUGAUUUUGGAGUAGCUGGGCAAUUGACUGAUACAAUGGCCAAAAGAAAUACUGUAAUAGGAACUCCUUUUUGGAUGGCACCUGAAGUAAUCCAAGAAAUAGGAUAUGAUUGCGUUGCUGAUAUGUGGAGCUUAGGAAUAACUGCAUUAGAAAUGGCUGAAGGUAAACCUCCAUAUGGUGAUAUACAUCCAAUGCGUGCCAUAUUUAUGAUACCGACUAAGCCACCACCUUCAUUCCGAGAACCAGACAAGUGGACACCAGAAUUUAUCGAUUUUGUUAGUCAAUGUUUAGUAAAAAAUCCUGAAGAGCGAGCAACAGCUACAAAAAUGUUAGAACAUGAAUUUAUUGGAAAUCCUAAGCCUCCUGAAAUUUUAAGUAAGAUGAUUGCUGAAGCAAGAGAAAUUCGAGAAAAUCAAACUUACCGCUCUAACGCAUUAUCAUAUGUAGUGACAUCAGCUGAAUCAAGGGAUAUGCAUUUUAAAGGUGAUGAUAUUGACAGUCGCACAAUGAUAGUAGAUGAUAGUACUCUUGUACCAGAUAAAUCAAAAGGGACAAGUUUCAAAAAUUAUUCGUUUGUUGAAGAAUUGCGUACAAUGGUAAUUAAUAGUGAUGGAGAAGAUGAUUCUACCAUGAAAAGACAUGAUACAGGUCCAGAAGAAUCGGGUAAAAAGUAUAGACCAUUAUUCUUAGAUCAUUUUGAUAAAAAAAUUGCAGAAAAAUCAAAAAAUGAUAAUUUUGGUCUGGAAAAUAAAUUAUUUGGUGAUAGACCUAUUUCUACUCAAGAAGUCACUCAUAUUGAUCAGUAUGAGAAAAAUAUUACUUCACAUCAAUUUCCUAUGCCACAAAUAAACAACAGGCCUGAGGGACCAAUUUCAGCAGUUCCUCAUCAAAAUCGAUACUACUCGCCAAUAGUAGAAGGAGACUUUGAAUUUUUAAAGUUUUUAAGUUUUGAUGACUUGCAACAACGAAUGUCCAAUUUGGAUUCUGAAAUGGAGCGUGAAAUAGAUGAACUAAGAUGCCGUUAUCAAACAAAGCGCCAACCAAUAUUAGAUGCUAUGGAUCAAAAACGUAAAAGACAACAAAACUUUUGAAAAAUUUAAAAUUUUAGUUACAAAUUAAUUAAUGGCUAACUAUUAAUAUCCCUUAGUUUUGGUGCUAUACUGAAAUGUAAAUGUGUGUUUCUUAGACAGAUAUUUUUAAUGAGCCCAAUUUCCCAAAUUCUUUUUAAAACGUAAUAUAAUUGAUAUAUUUGUGCAUACAUUUUAUCAUUUUAAUAGCUUUAAAAAAAUAUCUAAGUCAUAUAUUCUAUUUAAGAUAUAAUU